AUGGACUCCUCAUCUCUACAGCAGCAAACACCGGAUCUCUCCAAGUUGUCGGAUAGGGAUAAGCAGGAAUUGCAACAGUUUAUUAUGAAUGAGUCGCAGAAGGCUAGGAUUCAACAGUCCGUUCACUCCCUCACAGAUGUCUGCUGGAAAAAAUGCGUCACGGGUAGUAUUCGCAGCGGAAAACUGGAUAAGAGUGAGGAGACCUGCACCAUGAAUUGUGUAGACAGGUUUUUGGAUAGUAGUAUGGCGGUUAUUACGCAUUUGAAUACUAUGAGGGCGAAUGGGGGCGCCUGA